GUUCAAUGGCGGACAACAUGGCGAUGAUUCACCCGUAGAACCAAGCUUAUCAGGCUGGACAUGCUACGAUAGCUCUUUCCACGAACAGUUUGGAGGCUAUCUUUGUUUUUCUGUUUACCACUAUAGAGAUGUCCGCCUCACGAGCAGCUCUUUCAUUAAUAGAGUCAGCCAUUAAAAAACAUAAUGUCGUCGUGUUCUCCAAAACAACAUGCCCGUUUUCAGUUCUAGCCAAGAGGAUUUUAAGUGAGGCAGGAGUUGAGGAGAUGAAAGUUUACGAGAUCGAACAAAGGCAAGACGGUGCGGAGAUCCAGGUGAGAAUAUGGGAAGUUAACCAUUUAAGAGACAAAAUGAAAAUGGUGAUGAAAAUUUAUAUAAUGGACUAUUGCAUUUAAUAUCCGCACCCCCCGGUUGAGGAACCAUGGAAUUCUCCACGGGUAAGAAAUUGAGGAUUUCUUUAGGGGUAGAGUAAAAAAAUGUGCAAUUCUUUGGGGGUGAAACCUUAAUUUUAACGAAAUUCUUCAGGAGUAUGACCCAAUUCUUCAGGGGUAUGACCCAUAAUUAUUUUAUGGAAGUCUUCAGGGGUGAAUGCAAUUUUAGCCAAUCUUCAGAGGUAAGAAGAAAAGGUAAGUCCUCAACCGGGGGCUAGGGAUAUUAAAUACAAUAGCCCAAUAAUGGUUUGCUGAUAGAAAUCUUCCUCUCCUGAUCUUGACAGGCAGGUUUUAAUACUUUGGGGUAUUUACCAUGAUUAUACAAAAUGCAUCAGUCAAUUCCAAUCUCGCUCCCAGCUGGAAGUAUACAUGUAACUUCUUAUUAUUGUGUACAGUAUUUAUUCCUUUAAGCCCCAGUAUCCACAUUCAAAUUCCCCAGACAGAUCUCCAUACAUUUGUUUAAAGAGUUAGUUGAGAGAAUUCAUCAAAGGAUCAAUGCGUUUUCCCUUAAGUGAUCUUUUUACCAAUUCUGGUAACCUUUUCUUUUGAUUAUACAGUCGAAGAUAUAUUAAGCGGUCACCCUCAAAGGGAAUGGCUAAGUGACUGCUUAAUACAGGGUGACUGCCCAAUGCAGGUUGCAAGAAAUACAGUUCAAAGAAUUUGAUCUCCAGUGCUGAUCAAAUCAGACAUUUGCCCUCAAAUAGAAACCUUCAUUUCCGGCAUUUUAAUGAUUUGCGAAAAUAAACAAGAAAAUCAAUUAUUGUUGUACCACAUUUUGAAACUGUAUGAACAAGUAGUUGAUACCGUGUGAUCAUUUAAUACAGGUUAAGACAAUAGAAAACGUCCCAUUGGGACUUCGCAAAUGGUGACCGCUUAACAGAGGUCGAAAUUACAGUACAUCAAGGGAAGUAAUUUUCGGGAAUUUGAAAACUGGCCGCUUAAUAGAGGGUGACCACUUAAUGUGGUGCAGCUUAAUACAGGUUCGACUGUAGUGAUAUUGCAGGGAGAAAUUUGAUGUUGGUCAAGGGUUCAUACAAUCAAUGAGGCAAGCAUAAUUUCAGCAACCCACUCUAAACACUUCAAACUGAAAAGCUUCAGGUUACAGUUGAACCUUCAUUAAAGCAGCCACCCUUGGGUUACCAGCAAGUGGCCACUUAUUGGAGGUUGGCCACUAAAAUAAAAUUUCUGGAAUUAUGGGACUUGUCAGGAUGUUCUGAAAGAACAAUGUCCAAGAGGCCUACUUGCCAAAAAUGAGCAUUUCGGGGCAAAUUGUCUCUGAGAGUGUGGCCCAGUUAUGCUUAGAAAACUCCAUACAAACCCUUUUAAAUUUUUUUGGAUUGACCCCCAAAAAAUUAGAAGGGUUUGUAUGGAGUUUUCUGAGUAUAACCGGCUAACAUCUCAGAGACAAUUUGCCCCAAAAUGCUCAUUUUUGGCGAGUAGGCCUCUUGGACAUUGUUCUUUCAGAAUAUCCUGACAAAUGCCAUAAUUUCAGAAAUUUCAUUUUUAUGACUUCAUCACUUUAGUACUCUAUUAGCAUAACAUGAGCAUGUCCUUUAGCAGAAACAUCCCCUUUCAGUUUGAAACAAACACAUGAGGAGCAGCAUUAUUGGUCCAUGGUUCACAAUCAGUCAUCACCUAUCUUGGACUGGAUUUCCCUUCAUCAUAUUCUCAAGCCCUAGGAUUUCAAUUCCCAUGGAAAGCAAUUUUUUGGUUCCAUAACAAUAUUUUUUUUAUAUUAUUUUUGUGAAAAUUCAUGGGAACCCAUCUCGUAAAUGUUUUUAAUUUUUGGCGCUGGACACCGGCGCCAUAAACCAGCAAUGUAUAAUUCCUGAUGGAACUGAUAGAUGCUAAACAUUUUAGUGUCAUAUAUGAGUCGUACCUAAAGAAUUGCCUUAGUAUUUAAGUAUCUGUGUGGAAAAAUAAUGAAUUUCUGUAAAUGGAUCCCUAAGGCUGAAAAUGGCACUGGGAAACUAUUUUUUGGUUCCGUUAUUUUAGACCACGGUAAAAACAUGGUAACAGAAACUUUCAAUACCGUGAAAUCCUAGGGCUCGUAUUCUUCAAAUAAAGCCAAACUAUUAAAGUGUACCAAGCACUUGAUGGCAGCUUAAUAGAGUUGAAAACAAUGGGAGAACUUUUGUUCGGAGCCCAAAAGGUGGCCAUGGCUGCUUGAUAGAGGUGGCUGCUUAGUGGAGGCAAUUAUUCCGAGACUACUGCUUAAUAGAGGGUGGCCUCUUAAUGGUGGUUCAACUGUGUUUUUCAUUUAAUCAUUACUAUAAGAAAAUUCUCAAAUCUGAUUGGCUAUCAACUGUCCUGAUUUCAGCACUAAUAGGACAGUGUAAUAGGACAGUACAUUGCUCGUGUGCACUUAAAUGGCCUUUUUUUACUGCUGGGAAAAAAAAUCUCGGGAUUUCUUUUGUUUGAAUUUUAAAAAAGCCUAAAACAUCACAAAUUUUGUCACGGUUAUGAAUAAUUGGUAACAGAACUUUGUGUCGUCCAAUUCGGUCUGUAAUCAUACUCGUGAUUAAACAAAUCGGACGACCGCGUAUUGACUUUGUUAAUCACUUGUAUUAUUACAGACCGAAUUGGACUCCACUCAGUCCUAUUACUAUUAUUUAUUAGAGGGCUAGCUUGGGGCCAUCAAUUUUCUAUCAGUAGUAUGAAAGGUAACCUGCACCACAGACAAAAUUAAACCCAUUGUUAAGUCACAUGAAACUUAUGCAAAGCACAGUACUGGACUGGGCAGGAGCAAUAGCAUUUUGACAUUCGAUCAUUGUUACUAGCACUCCAUAACCUUUGGUUAUUACUAGUUUUAAGCUUUUCUUUCAGAUUUCAGAGAAUUUUGUGGAUGAAACUAGGAAAAAGCAAUUUUUAUGCAUGAUAUUACUGUUUUUCACCAGUCUGGGACAAGACCGUUUAAGCAAAUUUUUCUAAGACCACCUAUAAGCUGUAUGUCCUGACUUCUUCAUGUCUUGAUAUACACACACAGGCCCAUGAAUUAAUGGUCAUGAAAAUUGACCAUUUUUUUUGGCAACCAGCAGUGUUGUACAGGUAACUACAGUGGUAUUGAUUGUAUGAAGUUUUGAAUCUUUGAGACCAGAUAAACUGUCUGUAAUGAAAUGGUGUACUUGACGAUGGGUUUGAUUGUGACUUUAAUACAGAAGGGUGUUGUUUUUUUCAUCAACAUGAUUCCUAUGUUCCCUUUUGUCUGUAGAGUGCCCUCCAGGUAAUGACAGGAAGACGAACAGUGCCUAAUGUGUUCAUUAAGGGAACAAGCAUUGGUGGAGGAUCAGAAACAGCUGAACUGUACCAGUCUGGCAAAUUAAAAGAACUGCUGCAAGAGCAAGGAAUUGUAAAGUGACAAUUUUAAUCCAUUUUAAUCCAAAUUAUUAAUAACAUGAAUGUUAUGAUUAAGGCUAGUAGGUGCUUUUAACUUAGAUCACAGAAGGAUAUUUUUAUUGACUGCGUCAUUGUUCAGUAUUAUAAUAU